AUGACGGCCGUGAGAUGUACGAUUCUGGUGCUGUUGAUCAGCGUCGUCGUCGCGGUAUCUUCCGCUGGACUGCUCGAGACGCUGUUCUCGUGGGAUUUGCCAGAUGCUGUUGGUAGAUCGAACACGCCGCAAUCGCAAUGUCUCUGUCAGACCACCAAUUGCCUAUGCUGCGUCGAUCUCAAUCUGACGGCCACCAUCGAUCUGGGUGGCCCAGCCUGCAUCAACGUCAAACAGAAGGAGCAGAACAUCUCGUUGAACCUUAGCUACGGCGACAACCCGGUGCACAAUGCCACUAUUAAGAUCGUGGAUGCAGCCAACAGGCCGACCUGCAUGAACCUUCUAUCAGACCUGGCGCAAAUAUGCGCCAAGUUCACUACGAUCAAGCAAGCGGAAGCCGGUUACGACGGUUGUCUGGUGAUCGAGCCCGCAUUGCUGGGUACGCCUCAAGCCACUUACCACAUGGGAUGCUUCAAUUUCAAUCAGGUGGUCCGGCAGCUCGAAGCCAUUGCCACCACCGAGACGAUAGAAGCCACAGACAACACCGAGGAGGAGGAAGACCCGUUGAACACCGACGAAUUAAUCGCAGCUGUGUCAGCUAGCGCCGAACAAGGAAUAGCGCUCUUCUCGCAAUGGCUGGGGCUGAAUUUGAACCCAAAAUUGAACCUGACCAACAGGAACAACCAUCAGGAGGCGGCUAAUCAACGAGCAAUCCCAUCCACGACUUCGCGAUCCGCUCGAGCGCAUUGGGAUCAAGAGGAGAAGAACGACGAACGGUUCAAGCAGUUACUCAGCGCUCAAGACAAUAUCCUGAAGGGUUCCGCGAUGAUCGGCCAGCCGAACGGCGCUGAAACGACGUUCGUUUACUCGAAACCCUCCGAGCUGUUUUCCCCGGAGAAGAAUAACGAGGAGAGGAGGGUGGACCAGGUGAAAAUCGAUCCGGAACACCUGGUCGUGGUGCCGAAGGAGUCAAGGAGAGGCGGAAGGGCGUACAAUAUUCAUCAGCACGUGAACGAGAUCUGA